AUGCCAUCUCAUCCAUCCGCCACUCUCUUUGACACCGACACCGCCCGCUGGCGAGCUGUGCAGCAGCGCAACGCGGCUGCCGACGGGGCAUUUGUCUACGCAGUGCGCACUACACUCAUCUACUGUCGGCCAAACUGCAAGGCGCGGCUGGCUCGGCGCGCCAAUGUGGUCUUCUUUUCCGGGCCUGCGACCGCAGAGGAUUCUGGUUUCCGGGCAUGCAAGCGAUGCAAGCCGCGCGUCGUGGGAAUCAUGCCCGAGGAUCGCGCCGUUGUGCGAAUCCGCGAAAUGCUGCAGGAAGCUGCUACCGGAGCUGCAGACUAUGGAACUCUCGGCAGGAUGGCAUCACAGGCUGGCGUGUCGCGGUGGCACUUCCACCGGAAGUUUAAGGAACUUACAGGGCUGACACCACUGGCAUAUCUGCGGCAACAGCGGGCGGCUCAAGCACAGAAUGUUGGCAACUGCACAGAAGCUGGAGCUGAAGCGUUUGGUAGCGAGAGAGGUCGGCAAGGAGACUGGGGAAGUGCUGUUCCGGAUCAAGAUGCGGUGCUGGGCUUUGACCGGAACCUGUCUGACUUGCUGUCGAGCUGGAAUGACACAUUGCUUCCCUUCGACUCCAGCCUGGAUAAUUAUUUCACGGACAUUGACACGAAUCUGCUGGAUUUGGAUGCUUCUGUCUGGGACGUGGUUACUACUGCCAACGGCGAGCUCGAGUAG